CGCGGUCCCGGAAACUUUCCCCUCGUGCCUUCGCCGCCAGCACCCGGGAGCGCGGAACUGGGUGCGCCCAUCUCUGGUCCGCGGUUGAUGCGCUCGGCUGGGGCCGCCGCGGCGGAACCGAACACAGGGAAGGAGCAGAAGGGCCCGCCGCCACCCAGCCCAGGGCUGUCGUGGGCCUGGGGGGCUGCGCCCGGCUCCCGGCCACGCGGGAGGCUCGGGCACUGGGCCGAAGGGACGCGCCGAGCCGUGCCAUGGGGGAGGCGCCCAGCCCCGCGCCCGCGCUUUUGGACUGGGAGUACCUGGACCGCUGCUUCGCCCGCCACCGCGUCUGCAUCUCCUUUGGCCUCUGGAUCUGCGCCUCCUUCUGCUGGAUCGCCGCCCACGCGCUGCUUCUCUAUCUGAGGUGUGCAAAGAAGUCUGGACAGGACCAGUCAGUGCUGUGUGCCUCAUGCUGCCUCCUGACCAGUCUGUGUGAUACCAUUGGGGCCAUUCUGGCCAGACAGCUCGCCAUCCAGGUUUUCACUGGCGCCUACCUAGCAGCUAUUGACUUAGUGAACUUCACGUUCAUUCUCUUCCCAGUCUGCGGCUCCAAGUUCAAGUCACAUUCAGGCCAGGGCUCCCAGAAGAGGAAGAGGAGACAGCGGCUCAGGGCCAGCAUAUUUGCCAUGGCCCUGCCACUCAGUCUGGGCCCAGGCUGGGCCCUCUGGUCCUCUGUCCUGAAGGCUUCAGGCCCAGUCCAGGGGCCACAGCGGAGGCUUCUGGGAAGUCUGCUGCAGGAAGAUAUGGAGACCUUCGGCUACCUGCUGGGUGGGAUCGCUGCCUUCGGCUCCUGGGCCUCCCGGAUCCCUGCACUCUCCAGAAUCUGCCAGGGUAAGACACUUCCCUCCCUCCACCUGUGGAUGCGGUUCCUGUCGGCCCUGGCCAGCCUCCUGUACGCCUCAGCCAUCGUGGCCCACGACCGGCAGCCUGAGUACCUGCUGCGGGCCACACCCUGGUUCCUGACCUCCCUCGGCCGUGCUGCGCUGGACCUGGCUAUCAUUUUCCUUUCCUGUGUGAUGACGAGCAAGAUGAGGCGGGUCUUGGGACUUGCUGCUGAAGCCAGAGAGAGCCCCGACACCCAAGCCCUUCUGACCUGUGCAGAGAAGGAUAAGGAAGGAAGCCAGGAGGUGCAGAGGAAGAACAAGAAUCCAGAUUGGGUGCCUCUCACCACGUUACCAAACUGCAAGUCACUCAGGAUGAUGGGAGCCAUCAGUCACUACAUGGAACUGACCAUUGAGCCCAUGCAGCAGGCCAGCUGCAGUGCCACCAGGCUGCCCAACAACCGACAGAUAAACACUGGAGACAUCUCCCUGCAGGAGCCCCCCUCGUACCCCCCUGUCCAGGUCAUCUGGGCCCGCGUGUCUUCCAGCAGCUCCUCUGAGGUCUCCUCCAUCAACUCUGACCUCGAGCAGAAGUAUUGGGAGGCCCUAAACUCAGAGCAGUGGGACCCUGAAGAUGUUAACCUUGAAAGGAACAAAGACAACAUGGAGAUGCCCAGAUCCCAGGUCCAUAGGGGCUAUGAGCCAGUGGACUUGACCUCUGAUGAUUAACACCUUCUGGAGCCAGCCCAUCAGCACAGAGCUCAAGGUCAGGCAUUUGUCAGGAACGGAGCAGGGAGCAACCUGCAGUGGCACUGUAGCAGGAAUUUAAGCUGCUGGAAGGGCUUCUCAGGAGAGUAAGGAACGAAGAGCUCUCACUGAGCUUGGCUGGUCUGCAUCAUGGCUCAAAGCAGAGCCAAGACUCUGGGUCCUGUGGACAGACCUGGAUAUACUAAAUUUGUUCUGAAGAUUCUGAAGUUCACAGACCACUCUUGCAUUGUAAAGAUAAAUCUUCAUCUCAAGGA